UGGGAAUUAGAUCCAGAACAUGAAUUUCGUUUUGAAGUUGAUUUUAAUACAACUGUAAAAUUAAAGUUACUUUCAGGUACGGCAGAGAUAUAUGGAACAGAAAUUGCUGUGGGUCUAGAAUAUGAAUUUACAGGUCGCAAAGUUGCUGUGUUUACUUGGCAUGGAUCUCUUGAACAAUGCAGAGAAGAAGCUAAAGAGAAAAAUGAACAGGGUCCAAGA